AUGGCAAUAGAACCACUAGCAGCAGAAUAUGGAGGUGGCUACACCCACAACACCAGGCCUUCGGCUCUUUUGAACUCCAUCUUUAUGACAACCGUGAACACUGCGGCAAAGACGCUGGUGGCGGUGGCGUCGAGCGCUAAGGACGAGCACACCCAGAAGUGGAGGCUGGCUGACCACAUGCGAUUCAUAGUCAUGCUCAUGACUUGGCUUGCUGUUUGGGUUCUUAGGGUUUUGAUGGAUAAUUUCCCUCUGUCAAUUGGCCCUUCCCAUCCCUAUAUUCUCGAAGGUGUCUCAGACGUCGGAUCAUUUGACUUAUUACGCUCAUCGUCGACGUCGUCCUUGUCAUUAUCUUCUUCUCCAGUUUCUUCACUGGAUUUGGUUCUGCAUGAAGCCUCUGAUCACGAGAGAGCAUCUGCCAAAGCUCUUGGUAGAGCACUGACACAUAUUCUAGCUCUAUUGAAUGAAAUACCAGCUUCAUCAAGGAAGUAUCAAUUUGCAAUGGCGAUGGCAGACAGGAUUGUAGACGACAAUGCUAGAGACGGCCACGUGGAACUGGUGCAAAUCAAUCGUACGGCUCUGGCUUCAGCCUUUGCGCGUACAUCAACCCUCUUGUACCGCGCACUCCAAAGCAGCCAUGCAGUGGAGGAUUCUGGCACAUGGAUAACACGCAUCAUCGGAGCUCUGCCAUUAGGCUCCUACUUAGCUUCUUCGGUGAAGGGUCUCGGCUUAUGUGCUAGCGCUAUGUUUCCGUCCAUUAGUGGCAUCUGUGGUUUGGAGAAGCAGAGGCAACUAACGAUAGCUGGCAGGGAGGGUUCUAAUCAUGUGCUGGGGGAGAAAUACGCCCAGGAGCUUUUGUGGAUAGCUAAUAAGAUGUGCGAGUGUGGUGUAGUGGAUGAUGCCUUGCUGCAGUGGAGCUUAGCCUCGGCUCUGGCUUCCCUUUCUCUCACUGCCAGCCCUAGGGUCCAAGGCUUCAUUGUCAAAAUUUCAGCUAUAUUACUUGGAGAGCUUAUUCGAGCAAAGCUGGAGGUCCCUAGGCAAGUGAAGAUUAGGCUGCUGGUGCUUUGGCUUCCAUUGUUUUGCUACGCAGACAACGGACUUGCAUAUCCAGUCCUGACGGGCUAUGAGAAGGCAGAAAUGGAGAGGAUAAUGGAUGAAAUGAUCUCUGGCUUACCAUCCAUGGAUCAAGAAAUUCUAGCUCUAUUGAAUGAAAUACCAGCUUCAUCAAGGAAGUAUCAAUUUGCAAUGGCGAUGGCAGACAGGAUUGUAGACGACAAUGCUAGAGACGGCCACGUGGAACUGGUGCAAAUCAAUCGUACGGCUCUGGCUUCAGCCUUUGCGCGUACAUCAACCCUCUUGUACCGCGCACUCCAAAGCAGCCAUGCAGUGGAGGAUUCUGGCACAUGGAUAACACGCAUCAUCGGAGCUCUGCCAUUAGGCUCCUACUUAGCUUCUUCGGUGAAGGGUCUCGGCUUAUGUGCUAGCGCUAUGUUUCCGUCCAUUAGUGGCAUCUGUGGUUUGGAGAAGCAGAGGCAACUAACGAUAGCUGGCAGGGAGGGUUCUAAUCAUGUGCUGGGGGAGAAAUACGCCCAGGAGCUUUUGUGGAUAGCUAAUAAGAUGUGCGAGUGUGGUGUAGUGGAUGAUGCCUUGCUGCAGUGGAGCUUAGCCUCGGCUCUGGCUUCCCUUUCUCUCACUGCCAGCCCUAGGGUCCAAGGCUUCAUUGUCAAAAUUUCAGCUAUAUUACUUGGAGAGCUUAUUCGAGCAAAGCUGGAGGUCCCUAGGCAAGUGAAGAUUAGGCUGCUGGUGCUUUGGCUUCCAUUGUUUUGCUACGCAGACAACGGACUUGCAUAUCCAGUCCUGACGGGCUAUGAGAAGGCAGAAAUGGAGAGGAUAAUGGAUGAAAUGAUCUCUGGCUUACCAUCCAUGGAUCAAGAAGUAAUACUCACAAAUUGGUUGCAGGACUUCACUAUGUCCACCUCAGAUUGGCCUAACCUGCAAACCUCGUACGACCGGUGGUGCAACUCUACUCGCAAGCUUAUUACCUGA